AUGCGUCAUAGGGGGCGGCGUGCCUGUGGAUGGCGGCGUCGCGAGACGGUGCUGGAGGUAACACGGGGAUGCCGAGCAGGAAGCCACAGGCGAAAGGGCGAUCAGCCAAAACCUUGAAGUCGUUGCAGUUUUCCAACCCGGGGCGGCAGACUGAUUUCGCCCCAGAAACCAGUGCGCGAGAAAAGAGGCGGCUGAGCAAGGCGGCAACCACAGGAUCAGAGAGACAAACGAUCCCGUCAAAGAACAAAGUGUAUGACGCCAGAGGUAUCCUGAUAGCCAGUGGAAUGGAUCUGUGCGAUUGCCUGGAUGAAGACUGUAUGGGCUGCUUCUAUUCCUGCAGAAAGUGCGGCUCCAAUAAGUGCGGCGUAGAAUGCAGGUGUGAUCGCAAGUGGGCGUACGAGCAAAUCGAAGUGGAAGGAGGGGAAGUCAUCCGUAAUAAACAUGCUUGA